GUGACGCAGCACAGCUAGCUGCAGCGACGGCUUUGUUACCGUUUGAUGUAGCCGAUGGUGUCCUGCGGUUUGACCUGAGCCGUUGUCUCUGUGUCGUUGAGAAACUUGAGUCUGAGCACCAUGUUCCUCUGAGAGGACGAAGACUCUCCUCCUCCUCCUCCUCCUCCUCCUUCUUCUCUGCUCCUCACACCGUCUCCUCCUCCAGCCUCUCCCCUUUCUCUCCCCUCCCCCUCCUUCUCCUGGGUGGAGGUGUUGGUGGGCGGGGCUUCUGUCAGAGAGCUGUCACUUAAAGAGCCGGAGGGGGGGGAAGAGGAAGAGGAAGAGUUGGCGGCAGAGAGAGGCGUGUCAUGGUGGGCGGGGCUGCUCCUCAAUGAUGAGGCGGGGCCUGUGGUGGAGGCAAACAGGUGUUCCGGGGGCUCGGUGGUGCGGGUGGAGAUCCAGGCGAGCAGCAUCACCAGGAGGAGCAACAGCGAACAGAACAGCACCGUCACCUCGUCUCCGACGCCUUCGAUCAGCGCCAUCGCCCACGGCAACGCCCACCGAGGUCAACACGGGUCACACACCUGCACACAGGGAGCGGAGCUUAGCAUCAAACACGUCACAGAAGAUCAUUUCAACCCACGACCAGCUCCACCCUCACUGACCCGUCUGCUCAGAUGUUAGAUGUUGACAGAACAGGUGUGAAACUCGUGACCACAGCGCUCCUACAUUUUGUUACUUACAGGAGGAAUUAUUGAAUUAUUAAAUUAAUGAUUCCCUUUUUGCUGAAGACCCGGUGGAGCCCCCUCACGGGCCCCUGGGGGUCCUCGGACCCCACCUUAGUCAGCUGGUCCCUGUUCAGAUCAGAACUCUCCCUCUGACCCUCUGAAGCUCGGGUCCGGCUCUUUGCUCUCUGACUGACCGAUAGUCUGGUUUCUUUGUGUUUAACUACAAACCGGUUCUGACUUGAUCCACUUCACAUCUCUCAUCUGAAACGUGGCUCUCGCGCUGUUUCUGUUAACUUUACGGUCCGGACCUGCAGUACAGGUGCAGCUGCUGCUCACCUGGCCGCGCGCACGGUCAGCUGACCGGCGGUGCGUGCGGAGGUUCACCCGCAGCUCGGCUCAGUAACAGCCCGCUUCCGUCCACCGAACUCACGGUACCGUCCUGCUAAAACUCCGAGCUAACUGCUAACUGCUAACUGCUUCCAACUCACAGCCGGGACAGGAAGUCUGCUAAGCUACAUGCUAACUGCUGUCAGCCUCACUGAUGAGGUCAUUAAGGCACGUGGACGUGGCGUCAGAGUCUGAGCAGACAAACAAGACAAAGUUAAACUUACUGUUCAGCUUACAAAGCUCAUAUCACAGAGUUAGCCCGCAGGCUAAUCAGGCUAAUCUGCUGCUGCUCACGCUUCCUGCUUCUGCUCCUCCGUCUUCUUCUGUGGUUCUGACUCACGUGACGCGCAGCUGCCUCCUGCCGGUCAUCACAAACUCCGCCUUCAGGCCGCGGCGGGAACAACAAGUACAUUUAUAUCUAUAAAUAGAUAUUUAUAGAUAAAUACAGGUGGGUUUUAUGAAAAGGUUCAUUUUCCUCCUUUAAAUUAAGUCAAAAAGUGAAACAUUUCUGUAGAUAGAUUUGUUUCAUAGACUUUCUUUAUUCUAAUAUGUUGAGAGAUGGAUUUUUGAUCUCCAUGAGCUGUAAGCUGGGAUCAUCAAGAUAAAUAAAUAUUUCACUUUAGAAUAUAAGAAAGUUUCGCUUUUUGACUUAAAUUAUUGUGAAAAAAUUAAUUAUUUUCUGAGAUGCACCUGAAUGAACAUUUAAUUACAAAAUAUCACUGUAAUCUGUUGCAGUCACUGGGGAAAAUGUGUAAUUAACUUACAGUUAUAUAUUAUAUUUAUAUAUAUAUAUAUAUAUAUAUAUACAUAAAUAUUUUAUAAUUUUCUGUAUAGAUGCAGGCCCUUGUAAUUGCUUGUCCAAUUCUGCCAACUCGUUACUGAUGACUGAGUGCACAUUGUGGAAUGAGUAUAUAAAGAGUUGAUUGGGAUCCAAUUGCAAGAGCAUAAUGAUACGUAACAUGGAGCCAGCAGGUGAUACGGGUCACAAUGGAGGUCAAGCAGCAGCAGUGGUGGGAGGAAGACGAGGAAGACGUGUUGGUCAAAGGAAUGGCAGGGGACAGGCCUCCCUUCUGAGAGGUGGUCGUGGGCCUCGUUUGAGAGGUGUGGGGGAACGUGGUAGAGGACAAGGCCACGGACCAAGACAGCGGCAGCAACAGCAGAGUGUCCAAUGAAAUUUGGGCAAUAGUUGUAGACCAUGUCAUAAAUCAUGGCAUGACAAUAGCGGCUACAAUGAUACAACCAAACCUCAGAAGGUCAACCGAUGAGAACCGAAUUGUGACCAGGUCAAAUAGUGGAGGCAGAGGCAAAAUUCUAACUGACCAACAACAGCAGGCUGUGGUCGAUUUGGUUCGGGACAGAAAUCAUAUUCGCCUCACAGAAAUUCACCAGCACAUCUUGGACAACGAAGACAUGUUCAAUAAUGUGGGAUCCAUAAGUUUGCCGACUAUUGCACGCAUACUGAAAAGACACCAGAGGGUGAUGGAGCUGGAUGCUGAUGGCGACCAUCACAAAUUCAUAUAUUUGGAUGAGGCAGGUUUUAAUCUGGCCAAGACAAGGAGGAGAGGUCGGAAUUUCAUUGGCCAGCGGGCAACCAACCAAGUACCUGGACAACGUGGGGCCAACAUUACCAUGUGUGAGUCAGUAAGCUGGUGUGGACGCAGACCUCAUAUUGGACCUUAUAAUGCAGCUCUCCUCGUCACCUUUCUUGACGAGCUGGAUCAGGUUUGUAGAGCUGAAGGUGUGACCUAUCUCAUUGUGUGGGACAAUGUCAUGUUCCAUCAUGCUCAUGUGGUGCAAGCAUGGCACAGUUUACCACCCUGUAUUUACCCCCAUACUCUCCCUCCAUAACCCGAAUUUUUCUCCGCAUGGAGAUGGAAGGUUCAUGACAGGCACCCAAGUCACUCUUCUCCAGGCCACGGAUGACGCCUGCAAUGACAUCACAGCAGACCAGUGUCAGGCCUGGAUUCGCCAUGACCGAAGGUUUUUUCCAAGAUGUUUGGCUAAUGAAAACAUCCAUUGUGAUGUAGAUGAGAACCUGUGGCCAAAUCGACAACACGGAGUCGAUGACAAUGUAGAAGUACAGUAAUCGCUUUUGUUUCUUACAGUACAAGCAAGUUGAGUAACACUGCAUUUGAUGUAUUACAGUACUUUUCUAUUUCAUAGCUAAUUAUUUUUGCUUUGAUUCAAAUAAACCUAUGUUGUGAUUGUACUGUUUUGCAUCAACUGUUUCUGUAGUAUUCUCUCUACUACUGCAGUACGUUUACAGAGAUGUAUUUACUGUACAUGUAGUACCAUAAUGAAACCUGUAUCACCUAUUUUGUUCUACAAUAUCUAAUGAUUGUACGAACAAUGACACAGUGAAGCUAUCGGUUGCUUGUGUGCGGGUGAUCUUUAGUUAUGUUUCAAUGGUAUUUCACAGUCAAGUUCUUUUUUUGAACCAAUGAUUGUGCAAGAUUUCUUUAAAGAUGUGAAUGCACAAUGCAAUGUUUUGAACAUUCGACAGCCUGUGUUACAAGUGAUAACCGUUUUGUGUCUAGAGUUGUUUAAAAUGACAUCAAGGUUCUAAAAAUAGUAACAAAGAACACACAAAAACUUUAAGUAACAUUUAGAACGCAGGACCUUUUACUUCUAACAGAGUAGUUUUAAACUGUAGUUCUUUUACUGCAGUAAAAUAUCGGAGUACUUCUUUAAAACUUAAUAAAAUAUAUAAAAACAUGA